GCGCGAACUCUAGAUUCAUCUUCAUCAGAAAGCAAUCAACUUUAAGUGUUAGAACAGCUGCUUCAACAGUCCUCAAACCACACACAACAAAAUGUUUGCCAAAUUGUUCAUCGUUGCUCUUGCCGUUGUAUUCGCUUCGGCUGGAUAUCCACUUCCUAGAAGCGGCUCUCUUGGCUUCCCGGUGGCCUACACUGCGGGAGUUGUGCCCCCCGUUGCUUACAGCGCUCCGGUUGCCUCGUACUCGACCUACUCCGACUCUCCAGUCACCUACUCGACGUACUCCGGCAGCCCCCUAGCCUAUAGUGCCUACAGUGCCUACAGUGCCCCAGCGCUGCGAUCUUCAUUCUAUUACAAUUGACGUGCCGUCGAAGUCGUCUAAGGAUCAUGAUAGAACCUCACUCCCUAAGAAACACACUGGAAACGAUUUAAUGUAACAUUCUGUACAAUAAAUUGACUGGAAUUUCUUUCAACUCUUA